UGUCUGACAGCCCAGUCCCACUCACCCUCUGAGGCUUGUUUUCUACGGGCAGAGCUCUGCUGCUGAGGCUGGGUAGCUGCAGCAUCUCUCAGAGCUGCUCAUAGGCAGUUUCACUCACUGAAGCUAAGACGUUUUUCAGAAGCUCAGUUAAGCUUCCAGGGAUCUCAUUUGAAGAGGGUGCAUAGCAAACAGAAUAUACCAUUCCCAUUAGGAUAGUGAUAAUGUCCUCGCUUUGACAACAAUCUUCAGCGGUAAAGCAAGUUCAAUUCUCUCACAAGAAGACUGGCGACAGCUACCGUUGCAUUAUUUACUAUUAUAUAUGGGAUGCUUCCCUGAAAACCCUGGAGAUGUCAUUUGUGUGGUCUGGUUGUAAAUAAUGAGAUAGACCACAAUGGAUUUCAGUACCUCAUCAGUGUUUGAUCAGCACAGAGGUGAUACAGCAGAAGAGGGGGACUUGUCUCUGGUUUACCAAGCAGCAGCUAGUGGCGACGUGAGCACACUAACUGCAGUGAUUCGAGAAGAUCCUUCCAUCCUGGAGUCCUGCGACAGUGAGGGUUGCACACCUUUGCUGCAUGCUGUGUCAGGACGCCAGGUUGAUACAGUGAAGCUUCUGUUGAAGAUGGGAGCCAAUAUUAAUACUCAAGAUGCUUGUGGACGUACCAGUUUAUGUCUGGCAACUUAUCUGGGCUGGCUGGAAGGCUGUAUCAGCCUGAUCAGAAAUGGUGCUAAGCAGAACAUACCUGACAAAAACGGGAGGUUGCCACUGCAUGCUGCUACUGCAGAGCCUGACGUGAGGCUUCUGAACGUGCUUCUGCAGAAGUCAAAUCUUCAUGAAAUUAAUCAUCAGGACAAUGAGGGAAUGACUUCACUUCACUGGGCUGCUUUCCACAACAGGCCCCAGCACACGCAGACUCUGCUGCACAGGGGAGCAGACCUCACUCUCGUGGACAAAGACCUCAAAACAGCUUUGCAUUGGGCGGUACAGAGUGGCAACAGGGUUCUGUGUUCCAUCAUUCUAGACCACUACCAGGGACCAUCAAUAAUAAACUACGAUGAUGAGAAUGGCAAAACAUGUAUGCACAUUGCUGCUGCUUCAGGCUACAGUGAUAUUAUUAGUGAGCUGGCUAAAGUCCCGGGGUGCAACCUGCAGGCCCUUGAUGUGGAUGAAAGGACGCCUUUGCACUGGGCUGCAGCAGCAGGGAAAGCUGACUGUGUGCAGACACUGCUAGAGCUGGGGAUAGAUAGCGACCCUCGAGACAUCAAUGAAAACACUCCUCUGACAUAUGCAAUGUACUGUGGGCAUACAGCAUGCAUCAAUCUGCUGUCUCAGGAGAGCAGUAGAUCUGAGCCAGUUCAACAGUUUCCCUCCCAGAACAACAGACCCCCAAAGAAAGAAGAACGAUUCAGUAUACUGAACCACAUCUUCUCUUUCAAAAAGAAUAAAAACGAUCAAAAAAACAGUCAGAAGGAGAAAAGCAGAGACCGAAAUCCCAGAGAAGAGAGGUCAGACGUAGAUGACAUCAUCACCACUUUUGAUUGCAUUAUGGACACAAACUGCAAAGAUAAGCGUGUGACCACAAUUGGCUUUAAAAGAAGGAGCACAGACACUAAGUACCUCAUACCAGAAAAGAAGCAGCCAGAGUGUCAGGGACUUCUGCCCAUCAGAACCCAGAGCCUUCCCCCCAUCACUGUGGGCAAUUCCUUCCUAACUGCUUCCCGGAACAUGUCAACCUUCUCCUCCAGCACCAGCACCCACCAAUUUGCACACAAGUCUCUGAAGAGGCAGAGUGAACACAACUUGCUGGACCCCAGAAGCAGCUGCCAGGCUUUGUUGGGUGAUCCCUGUAACACAGGCUCCAAUCAGCUAUUCUCCUACACAGCCAGCACUAGAACUCCUUCAGACAAACUGAUAAAUGGCUUAAACUCUGAUAGAUCUCACCAUGUGCGUUUGUGCCCUCCCCACCUUCCCUCACUUCCCAGUUCUUCAUCAGGUAAAAAUUUUCAACAGUUUUUCACAGAUCAACCCAAAAUACAAAAUAAUACCCCUGUACAGAACAGCCUAGCUCCCAUGCCCAACCACUGUGCUCACAAAUUUCAGCUACCAUCUAAGGGUGCUAAGAAUUUUAAGUCACUGCCUUUAAAUUCCCCAAGGACUGGUGCAGUUAUUCUCCCACCAGCCCCAGCCUCCAAAUCCCAUAAAAGGGGACAUUCUGAGAAUCAUUUGCUCUAUUCCAUCUUGCCUGGUGUGUCAGGAGAGCCUCUGAAACCAAGCUGUGUCCUACCUGCUAUCCCAAGCCAGAAGAGAUCUAACCCUGCAGAAGACCUUAAGAAAUCUCUCACCAAACCAGAUGCUGAAAAUUAACUCAUUACACUAGCCUCAAUCAGUUGAAAUAUACCUAAGAGCUUGCUACAAGAUAACCAUAUAGUAAAAUCUCAUUAAUUUGCACUGGAGUGUAAAUGAACAAAACCCAAGAAAGGGUAGCACAUCACAAAAGCUGCACUGUGUAUUUAUAUAGGCAUUUUUAUUGUAGUUUUCAUUUAUGAAAAUUACUAAAUCGAUAUUUAAUGUGCUGUAAAUCUAUUUUGCGAAUGGAAUCCUCAUAACACGCAGUCUUGUUGCAGCAAUGUGCUGUUAAGUCUUUCAUAGAAAACAGAAUCAAAGAGUAAGAUUUUCUGCAUGAGCUAAAAGCUGAAAGCAGGGAAACAAGCUGACAGGGGUUCUCUGUAGUUUGUAAAUGCAAAGGUGCUGAUUCUGAGGCUGUGUGCCACCAAAAACCUCUUUUUAAAAUUAUAAGAUCCAAAUAAAAUGUAGUCUUAGAAAAUAAGGGGGUUUGGUUCUUUGUUUUUCACGUAUUUUCUACAUUGUAAGCUUGUGGGUUUUGAGACUUCAACAAGCUAAAUAAGUACAAUGAAAUGCUAACCCCUUUGGGACAGACAGGGCUGUAGCACGCCCUUCAUUGCACUGACAGAUUUAUGUCUCUUUCAUUUGAUUCUUCACAUUCCUCAGUGACAAAAAUGCAAUUAUGCAUUGUUAUUUUCAUAAAACAAGGAUUUCACAGUCCUGAGUUAUUCGGCAUUAUUACAUCCCUUUGAUCACUGAACUGAAGAAGGAAAUCUGUAUCUAGACUGCUGUUCAUUCAAAACCCUUGGCAAGUGCUGUAAGCCUUUGACUAAACAUUUCACAAGACUGUCCUUUCCUAGAGGCCAACAAAGAUGCCAACCUCUAUUUGCUUCAGAAUGCUUACCUAAAUCUUGCUGCUAUUACUCUGGAGACUUUCCCACUUCUUAUUACAGAGGGGCUGUGGGCAUUACCUUGGAUGGCGGAAAAGGGAGGAUCGUCCCCUUUCAUAACACAUUCUGUAUCCCCAUUUCUAGUAAAUCUGUCCUGCAUUAGGUCUUCAGCAGCAGCUCUUUCAACCAAGAUAUAACAUUUCUGUUUAUCUCUAGAUAACUUUUUAUUAGCCGCCCAUUUAUUUUGCUGUGUCACAGCAAAAGCCAAACCUGACAUGAAAGAGAAGAUAAUCAUGUCCCAGUAGCUGAAGUUCCAGUUUCCUUGUGGCAAUGACUGUAAAUAGAAGGAUGGCUAGUGGCUGUUACAGACAGUACCAGAAAGAAAAAAGCAGAGCACAACAACAGCUGCUCUGAUGCAACACAUGGAAGAGGGAACUUUUGCACAAAAAUAAAAGAAUAUUUUAUUUUUAAACAUCUAAUCCAAAUGUAAGGGUAUAAAGCCCAAUUCAACAAGUGAUGUAAUCCUCUAGCUUCUUGCUGAAAUCUGUGAGAGGAAAAAGCUCACGUGCUUGGGCCUGACAGGCAACCUAGUCCCUAAGGCUGCACAGAAAAAAUAUUGUACAAAAGGAGCAUUCUCUGCUAGGGAAAAACCAAUUCUGGCAUGCUGUGUUUGUAGCUGACCAGUCCUGCUCAGUCUAGUCUCACUGAAAAGUCCAGAAUCCCUCCUACCAUGUAGCAGACUGGUAUUGGUUC